AUGCAGAACAUAAUAACACAAGUAUCCCAAACUAAUGAAUCAUUUUAUAACCCAUUAUUACAACACCAACAACAUAAUUAUAACCAAGAUUAUUAUAGCAAUGAAGAUAAUAUCCAGGAUGAAAUAUAUGGCAAUUCUUUAAUACAUUUAAAUAUCCAAGAACAUCACUAUUAUAUAACUAGAGAUCAGUUAAUGUCCCUGCCUGAAUCUUUACUUCUUUGUUUGUUUCCAUCUGGGGUUUUCCUGGAUAGAGAUGGUCAAGUCAUAACCAAUUUAACCUCUGAGGAUGAAGUCUAUAUAAUUAAUUUUGAUCCUAAGUGCUUUGAGUAUAUUAUGGAAGUUUUCAUUAAAGCUCAUGAAGAUUUGGUCAAUUAUCCAGUUGAAACAUUGUUUGAAAGACCUGCAAACAAUAGUUUUGUCAAUACUGCAAAGGAGUUCUUUAGAUUUAAUAACAAUAGUAAUAGUUCAAACUUGACUUCAACUACAAGCAAUAAUAACAGCACAGCAUCACAAAGCAAAACAAAUGGUUCUGAUGCACAAGAUUUAUUGCAUCAAAAACCUGUCAUAAUCGUAUUGAGAGAAGAUUUAGACUAUUAUUGCGUUCCAUUGGUAGAGUAUAUAUUUGAACAGAUACCGGACUUAUAUCUAACGAAAGCACAACAAGAUGAUAAUAAUGAUGACCUAUUACAACAUUUUAUGGCACAGAUUAAAAUAGCUGCAGGCAGUUAUUUAAGCGGUGAAAAAUCAAUAUUUCAAGGUUUAUUUUCUUCUAAUAGGUUAAAAUAUCAAAAUAAUAAUAGAAGUAAAAAAUCAUCAACAAACAAUAUCCAAGAUGAUAGUAAUACUAGUAAUACUAGUAGUAAUAAUAAUAAAAUUAGUAAUGAACCGAAAUUAGGACCUGCAGAACAACAUCUAAUGGAUAUGCUCUGCUCGUCUGGGUUUAGUAGAGAAUCACAAUGGGGCAAUAGAACACAAGAACCUGGGAAAACAGUAAUAAGUUCAUUAUCUUUAUGUAGAUUGGAAAAUGAAACAACAGAAGGAUUUCGAAGCAGAUUAAAUGAUGCUAUAUGUGAAUGGGAAAACCAGCAAAGAAUUAAAAUGAAACAUAAGAAUGGAAAUAAUAAAGAUUAUGAUACAACAUUGACACCUACUAGAUCUUUAAUGAGUAUGAAAUCAAUUACUAGUAAUAAUAAUAAUAAUAAUAAUAAUAAUAAUUUGAAGACAUCACUAACUACUACAGGGGCUACAAAUAACCCAAAUAAAGUGGUUUUAAAUGAACAAUACGGUAAAAAUAACAAUAAUAAUGAUAAUAAUGAUAAUGAUAAUAGUAAUAGUAAUAAUAAGGAAAAACGUAAGUCUUCAAAGUUUUUUAUGUUGACAGGAUCUGUACUUUCGUCAAAUUCAAAAAGUAGUUAUCAAGCAAGAGCUGGAAAUGAUAAUGACUCGAUAUCAAAAUCUUUGGGUCCAUUACCACAAGUCUAUGAUUUAAUAGACAAACCGGAUAUUAAUGCCAAGUUAUUAUUAUUUUGGAGAAAACCAGCAAGAAAAUGUUGGUGGGGUGAUGAAGAGAUCGAAUUGGAAGUUGAAGUUUAUGGACAUUGGGUAACAGAUCCUAAGAAGGGUAAAGUAAUAAGUUUGAAACUCCCUACAAGUGUUAACAUCGAAGAUGAAUUGAAUAAAAUUAAGAUACCUAUAAGAUUGCAUAUACGUAGAGUUUGGACACUAGAAUUAAGUGUAAUCGGGGUACAAUGA